AUGACACAAUCGGAACCUAAUGGACUGUUUGCGAUGGUGGAACUCAACUACCAAGGGGUAUUUAAUCAAAAUCCUUUCUCUUACACUGGUGGUGUUAAAACCAUCUUCAAUGAUGUUGACUUUUCUUCUUUGACUUAUUCUGAGUUUGUGACCUUCUGCGAACGUUUCAUGCAUGAAGAGUGUAAAAAGUUUUACUACUGUGAACCAGACAUGUCCUUGAUGGAAGGGCUUAAUCCCAUUUUAGAUGAUGUGGAAUAUUCUGCUUUUAUUUUUGAUGCUUAUGGAACAGAUGGUGUAAUUUCAGUUUAUGUGGAUCAUAUUGGGGUUGGUGUUGAUGGGUGGCAUGAUGAUGAAGAUAAUGAUGAUGAUGAACAUGAGUCUUGUAUUGAUGGUGAAAAUGAAGACAACAUAGAUGAACUUAGAAAUGUUACCUUUGAAUUUAAUGUGGAUGUAGUGCAUAUGAAUAGGACAUCAAAUGAUCCUUUCUUGUGGAGAAUUGCUUUGUGUUAUUGGGGGGGGGGGGAUGCAAAUGAUAAGCUAUAUCCUAUUGCUUGGGAAGUGGUUAAUGUGGAGAACAAGCAUAAUUGGAAGUGGUUUCUAGAGCUUCUCAUUGAUGAUCUACACUUGAAUUUAGGCAAUGGUUUCAGUUUAAUGUCAGACCAACAUAAGGGUUUGAUAGAGGCUGUUAAAGAGUUGCUGCCAUAUGUAGAGCACAGGCAGUGUGCUAGACAUAUUUGCCAGAAUUUGCAGAAGAGAUUUACUGGUGCCAUAUAUCAUACCUUGUUUUGGAGAGCAUCUAAAGCCAUAACUGAGCAUGCUUUUAAAGUUUUGAUGAAAGAAAUUGAGACAUUGAACCCAUAUGCCCAUCACUAUCUCAUGGAGAAAGAUCCUAAAACAUGGUCACGAGCUUUCUUUCAAACUGGAAGGUGUUGUGAUGCAGUUGAAAAUGGGUUCUCAGAAAGUUUUAAUGCUAUAAUAGUAGAUGCCAGGAAGAAGCCCAUAAUAACCAUGUUAGAGGAGAUAAGAUUAUACAUGAUGGACAUAAUCUACAACAUGAAAUUAAAGGGACAACAAUGGAGAAAUCAUAUUUGUCCAGAGAUAAGGGAUAAGGUGAAUUUGCUUAAAAAAGAUCAAAGGCAUUAUCAGCAAUUGAAUGGAUAUGGAUGUGCUCAUUCUGUAGCUAGCAUAUCCUUUCUUAAUAAGGAUGUAGAAGCCUAUGUAGACAAAAUGUUUAGCAUAACCACAUUUAGGAAGGCAUACAAUUACAAAAUUUCUCCCAUGAAUAGCAGUGACAUGUGGCCAGAGACAAACUAUACUCCACCAUUGCCUCCUAUUAAUAGAAGGAUGCCUGGUAGGCCAACUACUAAGAGGAAGAAAUCCACUACAGAGAAUACAGGAACACACAGGGUUUUUAAGGCUGGAAAGAAAAUCAGAUGUAGUAUUUGCAAGGAAAUAGGUCACAACAAGGCCACUUGUCUACAGAGAAGGCCCCAAAAGUUAAAUGUGAAGAAACAGAAGAAACAAAAAGUAUGUGUGAAGCAAAAUGUAGGACAGGGUAGUACAAGUGAACCACAACAACAUGAAGAGGUUGAAAUGACUCCAAUUGAGAUGGAUACUACUCAAAAUGAUAUGCAAGUUGCUCCUACUAAUGUUGAAUCUAGUAGCGCAGGGGAUUUCAGUCAUUAUAUGCAAUUUACUCCACCUAGAUGUUAUGAAGGUGAUGAGGGUGUUAUGGGUGACGAAGCUGAUGUGGUUGAGGAAGCUGUUGUGGUUGAGCAAGAUGUUCAAGAUGAGGAGGCUGAGGAGGUUGAUCCUGUUAUCCAAGUUGAUAAUGUACAUGUUCAAGAGGUUGAUGAGGUUAAUCCUAAUGCCCAAGUUGAUAAUGGUAAUGUUCAAGAGGUUUCUCCUGUUAGCCAAGUUCAGCAGGUUAGUGUUAGGCCAAUUUCAGAGAUUUUGAAGAGGAUAAGGAGAAGAAAGUUAGAGAGAAUAUUGAAGCUGAAAUUAGGCAAAACAAUUGGUGGUGUUGAUGAUUUAGGAAAUUCGAAGGGAAAAGCUCUUGUAAUUGAUUAG